UCUGUCACGCGCGCAGACUUUGGGAAGUUCUCCUCCACUCAGGCUGGAUCGUCGCUGAAGGAUGGAGCUGGUUUUGGCGUGCGCGCACUGAGAUGUUGCAGACUUCUCCUCCUCCUCACAGAGUCUGUUUGCUGAUGGAGCAGGGUGGAGGUGCAGAGGGGGGGCCGGGGAGCCCCCAGCUUCAGGACAGCGACAGCCCCAAGGACAGAGGGGAGAGUCCAGCCUUCGGCGGCCCCCCCCAGACCAAGACGAGCCAUGCUGAGGUGAACGGCAGCCCGGCAAACGCACCCCGCCGACUAAACGGCUCCCCGCUGAGGCCUCUGGGAGGUCUGAUGAUCCCGGUCUUCUGCGUGGUGGAGCACGCAGACGCAGCUGGAGACGGCGAGGGGCGUGGUGAUCAUCACGCCGAGUUUGUGCUGGUCCGGAGGGACGUCCUCUUCUCCCAGCUGGUGGAGACGGCUCUGGUUGCUCUGGGAUACUCCCACAGCUCAGCUGCUCAGGCCAGAGGCAUCAUCAAGAUAGGACGGUGGAACCCGAUGCCCAUCCACUACCUGACAGACGCUCCAGAGGCCACGGUGGCCGACAUGCUGCUGGACGUUUACCACAUGGUGACGCUGAGGAUCCUCCUCCAGAGCUUUGCUCGUCUGGAGGAUCUGCCGUCGGAGCAGUGGACUCACGCCACCGUGAGGAACGCCCUGAAGGAGCUGCUCAGAGAGAGCAACCAGAGCGCUCUGGCGAAGGAGUGUCCUCUGUCACAGAGCAUGAUCUCGGCCAUCGUCAACAGCUCGUACUACGCCAACGUCUCCACCUCCAAAUGUCAGGAGUUCGCCCGCUGGUUCAAGAGGUACAGACGCAGCAGAGGUGAACACCUGGAGAAGGCGUGGUCAUCCCAGGAGAAGUCCAGCAUCAAAGUGGAGCGGAAUUUGGACCUGAGUCUCCUCAACCACCGCUCCACUCUGCUGCCCCCCUCCAGCCUGAUGAGCUCCCUGCCAGGACCUGCUGCUCUCUCCAUCAAGUCCGGUCUGGGGGGCUCUCAGACCGCCACACAGCCUCACGGUCUUCCUCACCCGUCCAGCCAGAACCACCCCAGUCCUCCUCUGCACUCGCAGCCCCCCCCACUCCUGGGCCACGGCGGGCUCCUGCCCCCCCAGCUGGUCCGUCAGCAGCUGGCCAUGGCCCACCUCAUCAACCAGCAGCUGGCUGUCAGCCGCCUGCUGGCCCACCAGCACCCGCAGGGGGUCAGCCAGCAGUUCCUCAACCACCCCCCCAUCUCACGGACCUGCAAGCUCUCUGGGGGGCCCGCAGAUUCCAGCCUCAGCUGCUCCAGUACAGAGGUCUCCUCUGACAUCUACCAGCAGGUCCGGAAUGAGCUGAAGCGGGCCAGCGUGUCUCAGGCCGUCUUCGCCCGCGUGGCCUUCAACCGCACGCAGGGUCUGCUGUCAGAGAUCCUCCGUAAGGAGGAGGACCCUCGCUCCGCCUCUCAAUCGCUGCUGGUCAACCUGAAGGCCAUGCAGAACUUCCUGAACCUGCCAGAAACCGAGCGAGACCGGAUCUACCAGGAGGAGAGGGAGCGGAACACCAGCACCAAUCACUGCCCCCCCCACAUCUCCAGCUCCAACAGACACUCACAGGUCAAGUGCGGCGUGUCGGCUCCGGAGCUGCAGCUGAAGCUCAGCUCGCUGACCAGCAUCAGCGCCGAGAUCUACGAGGAGAUUCAGCAGGAGAUGAAGAGGGCCAAGGUCUCCCAGGCUCUGUUUGCCAAGGUGGCGGCUAAUAAAAGCCAGGGCUGGCUGUGUGAGCUCCUCAGGUGGAAGGAAAGCCCGAGUCCCGACAACCGGACCCUCUGGGAAAACCUGUGCACUAUCCGACGGUUCCUGGCCCUGCCACAGGCGGAGCGGGACCAGAUCUACGAGGAGGAGUCCAGGCAGCAGCACAGCGAGCGGCUGCACGCCGUCCUGCACCUCCCAGAGCAGCAGACCCUCCCCAGGCAGCCUCUGCCCCUGCUGGCACCCGCCCCCCCCAUGCUGGAAGACCACCAGCCCGUCCACCUGCAGGACCAUCCGGCCCCCGAGGACGGGCCCCAGCGAGGCCCGAGCCCCGGUCUCGGAGGAGGCGGGGCGAAGAAGGCCAGGUCCCGCACCAGGAUUUCCCUGGAGGCCCUGGGGAUCCUGCAGAGCUUCAUCGGGGACGUGGGGCUGUACCCGGACCAGGAGGCCAUCCACACCCUGUCGGCCCAGCUGGACCUGCCCAAGCACACCAUCGUCAAGUUCUUCCAGAACCAGCGCUACAACGUCAAGCACCACAGCCAGGCCAAAGAGGCCCCCCCGGAGGAAGACUCCCAGGACAGCUCCAGUCCCAGCGAUGGGGGGGUCUGCGCCAUGGAGGGGAGGGAGGAGGAGGUCCUGUCCGUGACGGCGGAGUGGGGCGAGAACGGCAGAGACGAGCUGCUGAGAACGGAGGGAGAGGUGGAGAUGGAGGAAGGAGAUGACGGGAAAACCUCAGGGCCUGGAACGGCCUCCCUGUCCCCCCCCAGCAGUGUGGACAGCCCCCACUCCGCAGAGCAGCAGAGAUAACAGGAAAAGACUGAUCAGCGCCGAAGAUCAAACCUGGAGAUGUCCCCACAAAUAUUUAUGUAUCGGGGGGGGGUUGGACAUCCUUCAGUGCCAGUGACAUGUAAUAAAGGGAAAGUUUCACCUGCUCGUCCUCUUACGGCUCUGAUUUAAGGAGACAUUUUUUCCUCUUUUAAUUUGGAAAACUUUCAGAAAAUCAAUCUGCGGUUUCUCCCAAUUAUUCAGAAAUGAGAAAGUGACUGAUGGGAUUUCAAUUUCGUUCAAUGUUAUGAUUCUAUUUUACAACAAAUUAAAAACCAAGUGAAACUUCUAAAAACAAAUGAAAAUGUGAAAGUGAUGAGAGAAUAAAGAAAAAAGCUUGUUGAAGUUUUCAACUGUCACAUUUCCAUUAAAGUUUAGGAAAUUUGAUGAAUAUUUACAAAAUUGUGAUUGGAUGUUUAAGUUUUCUAUGAAAGUUUCUGCAUCAAACAGCAGCUCUGGUUCAGAAAAUAAUAAAUACUUAAAAGUUUCAAGACCAAAAACUGAGGUUUAAAUGUGUUUAUCCGCCAUUGUGGCUCAACUUCUCCACUGUUUUGAGUCAUUUGUGGCAAAAAGCAGAAACUCUGGUUAGAGAAGGUCGAUGGCGUUCAGCCGGAGCAGCGUUUGUCCGAUGUUUCACUGUUUCCGGACUUAAAAAAAAAAAAAAA